AUGGACUACGGCAUCGUGCCGGAACCACCUCCCUACCACGACCACCCGCUCCUCCGCCGCCGGAGCUCCGCCUCCGCUGUGGCCCAGCUCGCCCUCCUCUCCGACCACAACUCGUCCACCUCCACCAGCACAACCACCACCUCCGCCGCCGCCACGUCAUCGUCCUCCUCCUUCCCCUCCGACGACCUGGACCUGCUGUCGAUCAAGCCGGCCUCCCACAGCUACACCUCGAUCCGGGACCUGCUGCCGGCGGCCGCGGUCAACUCCCCCAAGCCCGGCCCGGCCCUCAUGACCCCGCCCGGAUCUGACAUCUGCAUCCGGAACCGCCUCGUCAAGCAGGCCGCGUGGGCCUACCUCCAGCCGAUGUCCACCUCCCCAGGAUCCUCCGGCGGCGGGUUCCUUCGCCGCCUGUGGCCACGCGCCGCCGAGUUCAUCGAUUUCGUCCGCCGCGGCCUCGCCCGCGCCGUGAGCUGGGCGUUCCGGGUUCUCUGGAUCCGGAGCUCCAGAUAG